AUGACUUCUUCUCCCUCGAAGGAUGCCAUUAAACUACCAUCAAUUAGAAGUAUCUUGAAAGGCCCGACAGGUUCAUGCACUCUGCCAUCAAUAUUUCCUAUUGUCGCUCGACCACCAAUUUACACUCAACUACCCAUUCGAAGGGAAGUCUUUCCUGUGAAUCAAACUCUUACGGGGCUUUCUUUUGUUUUUGCGUCCGUUCAAUCAUCGGAUGACGUUGAAGACAGUUGUAAACAACAGUCAACUACAUCGCAAAGCCUCGAGAUACGGAACAGCCAGAGUAUUCGAGAUCGCAGUCCAGGUAAGAGGACACCAGGUACAAAGGUAGCCAACAAGGAUGGUCAGCACCUAUUAGAAAUAGGAUUCCAGGAUAAAAGUCUUAAGAUUCAUGAUGAACUUGAAAAUAUCCAGAAGAGGAUUAGUAGUAUAGCAGAGGAAUAUGACCAAUUGAUGGGGGAGAAAACCCGAUUGCGAAGAUGCUCGGAAGAUAUAAAGGCGAUGACAGAGAUAUCAAACGAGACGACCGUUAAAGAAGGGAUGACAGAAGAUCAAAAGUACGUUCCACGUGUGGUUACUGCAUAUGUACAAUGA